AUUUGUCGUACGUACGUUAGUGAAACGGAGGUCAUCCUACCCUCUGCUGGUUGCCGCGGCAAUCAGAACCUUCUUCUAGUGAUCACUGGAGCGUAGUUUGACUCUGUUGGAGGUUCCACUGCAGUUAUCCCUGACACCAGUUGCAAUGUCCACGUUAUCAUUCUGUUGAUUACUCUUCUGGUGCCGUACAUCGACGCAAGACGUUCUUCCAGUAAUUUACCCACCAUUUCAACACUUAGAUAUGAUCUUGUAUGUUUUUAUAACGAGGACGAAAGACGGCUUGCCCCUCUCGGCUAGCACGGACUUCAACCACGAGAUAAACAGGAACAUCAAAGAGAACAAGAAGUACGUGAAGAUGGUGGCGAACAAAGCACCUCAGCUUCCUGAGAGGUGCAUACUCGAGCUAGAAGACUCCGUAAUUUAUAUGACUACAUACAUAGGUGUAUCCUAUCUUGUGUUAGUGGAGUACCACUACUCUGCUGCGUUGGCGUUUAAUUUCCUAAAUGAUCUCAUGAAAGAGUUCAUUCAGAAAUAUGAAACUUCAAAAAUUGAUAAUGCCAGGAGGCCAUUUCAUUUUAUUGAAUUUGAUACAUUCAUACACAAAAUGAGGCAAGCGUACAACAACCCCCAGACAUUAGCGAGAAGGGUGAACCUGAAUGAUCUCAAUGCCGAAUUGAAACUCAGACCACCUUUCAGGCUCACAGUAGACCUAAAUGUAGCCAAAUUGGGAGUUGGACCAAGGACGGCACUAGAACCCAUGCCGAUCUUUGGGUGGGUGGCUAUACUAUUUGCUUCGUUGUUGUUUAUGUUGGGGAUUUUACGGGGGUUUUCAGCUCUUCAUGUUUCAAGCAUGGAGGUUUAUGGAGGGACAAGCCCAUGGCAUGGUAUUUUAUAUAUAACCGAAGCACUGUGUAGACUUUAUCAGAUAUAUUUGCUUUAUUACAAAACUAGACAUAGAAUGAUGAAAAGUUGGGUUACCACUUCUGCUCUUCUCUUACAUAUAUUCAUUCUUUGGAAUUUGAGAAACCCAUAUCAACAUAGUGUGUUCAUCCUUUCAACACUGGCAACACUUUAUUACACAGCAGUUAGAAAGAACCAAGAAAAACUGCCAAACCUUGAAGUUUAACAAAAAAUAAGGAGAAGAAAAAAAGAGGGAGAGAGAAACAAGAUCUCUGUUUUAAAUUUGUAAUCAUUCUAUAUAUAUGAAUAUUUUGUCAAUAUAAAAAUUGAUGACAAGUGAACAAACAAUUCUAUUGUUACCUACAUAUAUUUUUUGUAAAUUAAUAAAUCAUUUAAUAUAUACAUUA